AUGACGCGCUGGCUCCGGGAGAGACGGAGGAGGUUUAGAAAAGCCACCAGCUCCAUCCAUUCUGUCUUUCCACGCAGCCGGACGCGCUUUUCCGUGGAGUGGGAGCUUAUUGUGCACAAGAGAGGAGCCAGAGCGCACUUACGGAACCGUUUGGAGCGAGCACAGAGCGCACGACAUUACGCACGGAGCGAGAGGGGCCACGCAGACUCCACCCAGCGCAUAAAAAUGAGCAGCCCACACCCACGGCUCACCCAAAGCUCUGCCGCGGCUCCUCCACACCCAGGCAGCGGCCCAUCCACCACCACCACCACCACCAACAGCGACAAGGACAGCGCAGAGAUGCCCGCUACGGAGAAGGACCUGGCCGAGGACGCGCCGUGGAAGAAGAUCCAGCAGAACACGUUCACUCGUUGGUGUAACGAACAUCUGAAAUGCGUCAACAAGCGGAUCGGGAACCUGCAGACGGAUCUGAGCGACGGCCUGCGCCUCAUCGGACUCCUGGAGGUGCUGUCCCAGAAGAAGAUGUUCCGAAAGUACAACCAGAGGCCCACGUUCCGCCAGAUGCAGCUGGAGAACGUGUCCGUGGCGUUGGAGUUUCUGGACAAGGAGAAUAUCAAGCUGGUGUCCAUUGACUCCAAGGCCAUAGUGGAUGGAAACCUGAAGCUGAUCCUGGGCCUGAUCUGGACCUUGAUUCUACAUUACUCCAUUUCUAUGCCCAUGUGGGAUGAGGAGGAGGAGGCUGAAGAGGGCAGACAGAAGACUCCCAAACAGAGGCUCCUGGGUUGGAUCCAGAACAAGCUGCCAGAGCUGCCCAUCACCAACUUCAGCAAGGACUGGAGGACAGGGCAGGCUCUGGGGGCCCUGGUGGACAGCUGCGCUCCAGGCCUGUGCCCGGACUGGGACUCGUGGGACCAGACUAAACCCGUGGAGAACGCUCGUGAGGCCAUGCAGCAGGCAGACGACUGGCUGGGCAUCCCACAGGUGAUCACCCCAGAGGAGAUCGUGGAUCCAAACGUGGACGAGCACUCGGUCAUGACAUAUCUGUCCCAGUUUCCAAAAGCCAAACUGAAGCCUGGAGCUCCCCUGCGGCCCAAACUCAACCCCAAGAAAGCCCGCGCAUACGGUCCAGGUAUCGAGCCGGUGGGGAACGUGGUGAUGAAGAAAGCCUUGUUCACAGUGGAAACCAUCAGUGCUGGGAUGGGAGAGGUGCUGGUGUAUGUGGAGGACCCGGCCGGACACAGGGAGGAGGCUAAAGUGACUGGGAACAAUGACAAGAACCGCACCUACUCAGUGGUGUACACCCCCAAAGUCACAGGCAUGCACAAGGUGACCGUGCUGUUCGCAGGGCAGCACAUCUCCAAAAGUCCCUUCGAGGUGGAGAUCGGAAUGGCUCAGGGGGACUCCAGUAAAGCCACAGCUCAGGGGCCCGGCCUGGAGCCCACUGGCAACAUUGCCAAUAAGAGCACCUACUUUGACGUCUACACUGCUGGAGCGGGCGUGGGUGAGGUGGAGGUGAUGAUCCUGGACCCUGUGGAGAAGAACACCACAGUGACCUGCACCAUUGAGGACAAGGGCAACAGCAGUUACCGCUGCACCUACAAACCCACCCAGGAGGGGGCGCACACAAUCUAUGUCACCUUUGCCGGAGGACAGAUCAGCAAGAGCCCGUUCACAGUGACUGUGGGAGAGGCAUGCAACCCAAGUUUGUGCAAAGCCACGGGCCGCGGUCUGCAGCCCAAAGGCCUCAGGGUGAAGGAGACCGCAGACUUCAAAGUGUUCACCAAAGGAGCCGGAACUGGAGAGCUCAAAGUAACCAUCAAGGGCCCCAAGGGACUGGAGGAGCCUUGUAAGAGAAAAGAUCUCGGAGAUGGAGUUUACGGGUUUGAGUAUUUCCCCUCUUCGCCAGGGACUUACACAAUCACCAUCACCUGGGGAGGACAGCACAUCCCACGCAGUCCCAUGGAGGUGAAGAUUGGCGCGGAGGCGGGUCCGCAGAAGGUGCGUGCCUGGGGUCCCGGGUUGGAGAGGGGCAUCGUCGGCAAGUCUGCAGACUUUGUGGUAGAGGCCGUUGGCGACAAUGUGGGCACGCUGGGCUUCUCAGUGGAGGGCCCGUCCCAGGCUAAGAUUGAGUGUGACGAUAAGGGAGAUGGUUCCUGUGACGUGAGGUACUGGCCCACGGAGGCGGGAGAGUACGCCGUGCACGUCCUGUGUAACAACGAGGACAUUCAGCACUCGCCCUACAUGGCGGAGAUCGUCAACGCCCCAAACAAGGACUUCUACCCAGACAAGGUGAAAGCGUACGGCCCGGGGCUGCAGAGUACCGGUUUGGCGGUCGGAAAACCCACAGAAUUCACAGUGGAUGCAAAGUUGGGGGGAAAAGCUCCCCUCAAGAUCAUCGCUCAGGACGGUGAGGGAAACCCGGUGGAGGUCGAGGUCAAAGACAAUGGAAACGGCACGUACAGCUGCAGCUACACCCCCAAAAAGCCCAUCAAACACACAGUGAUGGUGUCAUGGGGAGCAGUGAACAUCCCAGACAGCCCCUUCAGAAUGAACAUUGGAGCCGGCUGCCAUCCCAACAAAGUGAAGGUGUCGGGUCCCGGAGUGUCGAAGACUGGUCUGAAGGCGUUUGAGCCCACAUACUUUACUGUGGACUGUGCAGAGGCCGGACAAGGAGACAUCAGCAUAGGUAUAAAGUGUGCUCCUGGAGUGGUGGGUCCAGCAGAAGCUGACAUCGACUUUGAUAUCAUCAGAAACGAUAACGACACGUUUACAGUGAAGUACACUCCCCCUGGAGCCGGCAGCUACACCAUCAUGGUUCUGUUCGCGGACCAGGCCAUUCCCAUGACGCCCUUCAGAGUCAAAGUGGACCCCACUCAUGACGCGUCUAAAGUCAAAGCAGAAGGACCAGGACUCAGCCGCAGCGGUGUGGAGCUGAACAAACCCACUCACUUCACGGUAAACACCAAAGGAGCCGGAAAAGCCAACCUGGACUGUGCCUUCAGCGGCCCCAUCAAAGGAGAGCUGGUGAAGGACUACGAGGUCAUAAACAACCACGACAACACACACACUGUGAAAUACACGCCGGUGCACCAGGGCCCUCUAGGUGUCGCUGUCACGUACGGAGGCGACCACAUCCCCAAGAGUCCGUUUAAUGUGGCCGUGGCACCUAGUCUGGACCUGAGCAAAGUCAGCAUCAGCGGCCUGGGAGACAAGAUGACCGUGGGCAAGGACAAAGAUGUCACAGUCAAGUCCAAAGGAGCAGGAGGACAAGGCAAAGUGGGAGCCAAAGUGACCGGACCCUCGGGAAAACCCAUCGCCAGCAAGGUGGAGCCAGGUCUCAGCGCAGAGACGGCUCAUGUGAAGUUCAUCCCCAGAGAAGCCGGACCGUACCAAGUGGAGCUGACCUACGAUGGAGUGCCCAUCCCCGGAUCUCCCUUCACCCCCACAGCCUAUCCCGCCACAGACCCCUCCAAGGUACGCUGCUCUGGGCCAGGGCUGGAGCGGGCCAAAGUGGGGGAGACGGGGGAGUUCAUUGUGGACUGCACCAACGCAGGGCCAGCCGAGCUCACCAUCGAGAUCAUCUCCGACAGCGGGACAGAGGCCGAAGUGCACAUCCAGGACAACGGGGACGGCACGUACACAAUCACCUACAUCCCCCUGUACCCCGGCUCCUACACGCUCACCAUCCGCUACGGCGGCCAGGAUGUGCCCAACUUCCCUGCACGUCUCUCCGUGGAGCCAGCUGUGGACGCCAGCGGGGUGCGGGUGUUUGGGCCCGGAGUAGAGGGCAAAGGAGUGUACCGAGAGGCCACCACAGACUUCACAGUGGAUGCACGGGCUCUCACAAAGACUGGAGGAGACCACAUCAAAGCCCUGAUCUCAAACCCGUCAGGAUCUGGCACAGAGGCGCUCAUUGCUGAUCGAGGGGAUGGGACCUACAGCGUGGAGUACACCCCCUAUGAGGACGGUCCUCACAGUGUGGAGGUGUGUUACGACGGCUCCCCAGUGCCUCAGAGCCCGUUCAGAGUGGUGGUGACUGAAGGCUGUGAUCCUACCAGAGUCAGAGUCCACGGACCAGGACUGAAGGGUGGGAUCACCAACAAACCAAACAAGUUCACAGUGGAAACCAGGGGGGCAGGCACUGGGGGUUUGGGAUUGGCCAUGGAGGGCCCAUCUGAAGCCAAAAUGUCCUGCACUGACAACAAAGACGGCAGCUGCAGCGUGGAGUACGUCCCCUACGAGGCCGGGAUGUACAACCUGAACGUCACUUACGACAAGCGACCAAUCAAAGGAAGCCCCUUCUCUGUCCCGGUCAGCGACACCGUGGACAGCACUAAAGUGAAAUGCCAGGGCGCUGGUCUGGGCACAAACGUCAGAGCAAACAUCCCCCAAACCUUCACUGUGGACGCAUCCAAAGCUGGAGUGGCCCCACUUCAGGUGCGCGUGCAAGGGCCCAAGGGAGUGGUGGAGCCUGUGGAGAUCGUAGACAACGGAGAUCAGACUCACUCUGUGAACUACGUCCCGACCAGAGAAGGACCCUACUCCAUCAACGUGCUGUACGCAGACGAGGAGAUCCCCCGCAGUCCAUACAAAGUGAAGGUGCUGCCCACCCAUGAUGCCAGUAAAGUAAAGUGCAGUGGUCCUGGCCUGAACACCACAGGGGUGCCCGCCUCCAUGCCCGUGGAGUUCACGAUUGACGCCAAGGACGCAGGAGAGGGGCUGCUGGCUGUGCAGAUCACUGACCCAGAGGGAAAGCCCAAAAAGGCUGAGAUCAGAGACAACCAGGAUGGGACAUACCUUGUGUCGUACGUGCCAGACAUGACCGGCCGAUACACCAUUCUGAUCAAAUACGGAGGAGAUGAGAUCCCCUACUCCCCCUACCGCAUCCGUGCACUGCCCACCGGGGAUGCCAGCAAGUGCAUGGUCACAGUGUCAAUCGGAGGUCACGGUUUAGGUGCCGGCGUGGGCCCCACCAUCCAGAUCGGCGAGCAGACUGUUAUCACAGUGGAUGCCAAAGCGGCGGGCAAAGGCAAAGUGACAUGCAGCGUGUUCACUCCGGAGGGGGCAGAGCUGGACGUGGACGUGGUGGAGAACGAGGACGGAACCUUCGACAUCUUCUACACGGCGCCUCAGCCUGGAGAGUAUGUGAUCUGUGUGCGCUUCGGCGGCGAGCACAUCCCCAACAGCCCCUUCCAAGUCACGGCGCUGGAGGGAGCCCCGUCUGACCCCUUGCUGCAGCAGAACCAAAUGCCCCAGUACUACGCUCAGCAGCCCUGGGCGACCGACCGACCCAUGGGGAUGAAUGGCCUGGACGUGGCUGGACUCAGGCCUUUCGAUCUGGUCAUUCCCUUCACCAUCCAGAAGGGGGAAAUCACGGGUGAGGUCCGCAUGCCAUCUGGAAAAGUGGCCAAACCAGAGAUUGCUGACAACAAAGACGGCACGGUGACGGUGAAGUACGCUCCGGUGGAGGCGGGGCUUCACGAGAUGGACAUCAAGUAUGACGGCAUCCACAUCCCUGGGAGUCCGCUCCAGUUCUUUGUGGACUACAUGAACAGUGGGAACGUGAGCGCCUAUGGACCAGGCCUCAUCCACGGGACGGUCAACAAACCAGCAGUGUUCACCGUGGACACCAAGGAGGCUGGAGAGGGAGGUCUCUCCCUGGCUAUCGAGGGCCCCUCUAAAGCCGACAUCAGCUGUGUGGAUAACCAGGAUGGCACAUGCACAGUGUCCUAUCUCCCGGUGCUGCCCGGAGACUACAGCAUUCUGGUCAAGUACAACGAGAAGCACAUCCCGGGAAGCCCGUACGCCGCCCGCAUCACCGGAGAUGACUCCAUGCGCAUGUCGCAGCUGAAGGUGGGCUCUGCUGCAGACAUCCCUCUGGACAUCGGGGAGCUAGACCUCAGUCAGCUGACCGCCUCUCUGACCACUCCAUCAGGACGAGAGGAGCCGUGUCUGCUCAAGAUGCUGCGUAACGGCCACGUCGGAAUCUCGUUUGUGCCAAAAGAGAUCGGGGAACACCUGGUGAACAUAAAGAAGAACGGGCGCCACAUUCCCAGCAGCCCCAUCGCCGUCAUGAUCAAAGCAUCUGAGAUCGGAGACGCCAGCAGAGUGCGUGUCACGGGACCAGGCCUUAGCGAAGCGCGCACCUUCGAGCCCGCGGAGUUCAUCAUCGACACCACAGACGCAGGUUACGGCGGCCUGAGUCUCUCCAUCGAAGGCCCCAGUAAAGUGGACAUAAACACAGAGGACCAGGAGGACGGAACAUGUAAAGUGACCUACUGUCCCACAGAGCCCGGAAACUACAUAAUCAACAUCAAGUUUGCCGAUCAGCAUGUCCCAGGCAGUGCGUUUACGGUGAAGGUGACUGGAGAGGGCCGCAUGAAGGAGAGCAUCACGCGGAAGAGGAGAGCAGCGUCUGUGGCGAACGUGGGGAGUCAGUGUGACCUGAGCCUCAAGAUCCCUGAGAUCAGCAUUGCGGACAUGACUGCCCAGGUCACCAGUCCCUCAGGGCAGAUCCACAAAGCAGAGAUCAUGGAAGGAGACAACAACACCUACUGCAUCCGCUUUGUCCCCACUGAAACUGGGGUGCACACAGUCUCCGUCAAGUACAACGGAUCACAUGUGCCCGGGAGCCCAUUCCAGUUCACUGUGGGGCCCCUGGGAGAGGGAGGAGCCCACAAAGUCAGAGCAGGAGGACCCGGGCUGGAGAGAGCUGAGGCGGGUGUGCCAGCCGAGUUCAGCAUCUGGACCAGAGAAGCAGGCGCCGGUGGCCUCAGUAUUGCGGUGGAGGGGCCCAGUAAAGCAGAGAUCUCUUUUGAAGACAGAAAAGACGGUUCUAGUGGAGUGUCCUACAUCGUCCAGGAGCCUGGAGACUACGAGGUGUCCAUCCGCUUCAACGAGGAGCACAUCCCAGACAGCCCAUUCCUGGUGCCCGUGGCCUCCCCCUCGGACGACGCUCGCAGACUUACUGUUGCCAGUCUUCAGGAGUCCGGCCUAAAGGUGAACCAGCCCGCCUCCUUCGCCGUCAGUCUGAACGGAGCCAAAGGAGUGAUCGACGCCAAAGUGCACAGUCCGUCUGGAGCGCUGGAGGACUGCUGCGUUACGGAGAUUGACCAAGACAAGUACGCGGUCCGCUUCAUCCCUCGAGAGAACGGCCUGUAUCUCAUUGAUGUGAAGUUUAACGGCAGCCACAUCCCUGGCAGUCCCUUCAAGAUCAGAGUGGGGGAGACGGGACAGGCUGGAGACCCAGGCAUGGUGUCUGCAUACGGGCCAGGACUAGAGGGCGGGAGCACCGGCACGGCCUGUGAGUUUGUGGUGAACACGAGUAGUGCGGGCCCCGGGGCCUUGGCUGUGACCAUCGACGGGCCGUCCAAGGUGAAGAUGGACUGUGUGGAGUGUUCAGAGGGCUACAGAGUCACCUACACCCCCAUGGCGCCCGGAAACUACCUGAUCUCCAUCAAGUACGGAGGUCCCUACCACAUCGUGGGAAGUCCCUUCAAGGCAAAGAUCACCGGUUCAAAGCUUGUGUCCAGCCACAGUAUGCAUGAGACGUCCUCUGUGAUGGUGGACCCACUGACCCGCUCAAUCAGCUGCUCCCAGGCCGCUCCGCUCUCUGAUGCCAGCAAAGUGGUGGCUAAAGGACAAGGUCUGAGCAAAGGCUUCAUCGGACAGAAGAACAGCUUCAGCGUGGACUGCAGUAAAGCUGGCCGUAACAUGCUGCUGGUGGGGGUGGACGGCCCCAAAGUCCCAUGCGAGGAGAUUCUGGUCAAACACUUGGGGAACAGAGUCUACAACGUCAGCUACCAGCUCAAAGAGAAGGGCGACUACAUCCUGGUCAUCAAGUGGGGAGACGAACACAUCCCUGGCAGCCCUUACCGCAUCAUCGUCUAA